AGACUCAGGACCCUUUCCCUAACCUGCCGCCAAGAUUGUCAUGAGAACUGUUUACUUGUCGUCCUGGUGCAAUUGAAGUCCUGAGAAAGCAACGCCACGAACCGCAAGUUUGGCUUCAGUAUUUUUCAAGUUUCAUCGUCUGAUUAGGUGCUCACUGAAGUGCCCUAGUAAGCAUAAGCAGCGGGGCGGCCAGCCGCCUAAUAGCUCUGCGACUUUUCGCAUGUGUCAGGUUUAGGCAUGGAGAAUCACCACAGGCAUCACGAGACGCCAUCCAGAAAUGCCGGAUAUAUGCCCUCGCCCAAACGUCAGAAACAACAGAACAGCGAUGAUGGACAAGCAGACACGAGCUUGGUACGACAGAGCAAGGCCUGCUCGAACUGCCGAAAGCUCAAAGUGAAGUGUGAUCCGGCCGACGACAGGAGCGGAGUUUGUUCGAGAUGCCGGCGCCUCAGCCUCCACUGUUUGAGGGAGAAGCGGCUCUGGGCCAGCACAGAUGAUACAACACUGCAGCUGCAAUUGACCAUCACCAAGCUGGAAAGAGCCCUAGAAGACGUCCUGGAGAAACUCGACAUGCCAGCUUUGGACCUCUACGUGUCUCCCGAUAUCGUCGAGCCGAUUCACCCACCAAGACCGACUCGACAGAACUCGGAAGAACCGCCAAAUGAUCGGUACAAUGUAUCAUCCGAGCCCAUGAACAGCCUCAUUGAAGCAACCAAUUUGAAAGGACUCCGCAGCGAGCUUCGAUCCGCGAAACAACGGCGUAAGGGUGGCAUGAGACGAAUGGACUCUGAUCUCAUCUCAGAAAAGAUCAUCACCUGGGAAGAAGGUGAAAACUUACUCACUUUGUUCAAGGAGAAACAAGGAUAUCACCUAUUCUCUGCCAACAUCCCCACUGAAUCGACCUUGGAGUCCAUUCGAACAUCAUCGACGGUGCUAUUCACUGCUGUAAUCUUAGUAGCAGCUUUGCACGUGCCUGGUAAAGAACAACUCCACCAAAAAUGCUACAACCGGUUCCUAGGUCUUGUGUCAUCUGUGAUGUUUGACAGAUUUCACACACUCGACGAUAUCCGCGGCCUUUGCAUUGCAGCCUUUUGGCAACCAUAUUUGAGCUGGAAGUUAUCCGGUCUCAGUAUCCGGAUGGCAGCAGAACUCAAUCUCCAUCAUGCCUUUUACGAGGCCUUCAACGAGCCAGAUCUCACGGUAGAGGCUCGUAGAGAGAACCUCGAGCGGGCCCGUCUGUGGUACCUUCUCUAUGUACUCGACCAUCAGUCAAGCAUCACUUAUGGCCGACCAUCCGUAAUGUCGGAACUAAGGCCAAUUAAGGACUACGAAAUGCUAUUAAUGUCGGAAUUCUGUACGUCAGCUGAUCGCAGUCUUAUCGCACAGGUGACUGGGCUCGUGGUUUUGAGCAGAGCCUUCGACCAUUUCGGCUUGGAACCGAAACGUGCAAUGGCCGGGGACGACAUUUCUGUGCUGAAUCACAUGAGGUUCAUUGCGGACAUCCAGUCGUGGAAGGACAAAUGGACCAAACUUCGAGAAGCAGAAAAACAACAGACUGGCUACAGCUUGAGAGGAAUCGACUUGCACUACUACUUCAGUAAUCUUGUCCUGAACUCUCUUGUGCUACGAGGCAGAUCUCUGGACUCGAUCUGCGACUUACCUGCCAGCUUACGGCCCUCAGCUCUGGGGGCUGUGGAAGCUGCUCACUCGAUAUUGCAUCAUUUCCUCACAUCGUCAAAGUAUCGUGAGCAAGUCGUGGGGAUGCCAUUGUACCUACACUCGAUGAUUGCAUUCGCAGUGGUGUUCCUUUUGAAAAUGUCACCUCGGUGGCACACCAUUGGUAUCACCAUCAAUCCACAAGAGCGGACCUUACCACUGGUCGAGGACGUGAUUAGCUUAUUACGAGGCAGUGAGGCCGGUGCCAACCACAUUAUCUACAGCAUGGCCAACGGCUUUCAACGCAUGCUGCGGCAGAUAAGAAGGAACGAUCCAACGGCCCAGACGGCGACGGGCAGAGGUAGCGAUGGUGUCAGUGCCCCAGCUGGACAAGCACACUGGCUGAGCCAUCAAACCGUUGGUCAUACUGGACUGGACGCCGCUGCCAACAACAUUCCAUUGGAUUACGAUUUCGGGGAUGGUCAGAUGCUUGCGCCUACCAAUGAGCUGCUUGCCAACUACGGCUCGCCCGAGAAUCUCUAUCAGUCUUCUUCUCAGAUCAACUGGGGCUUCCAAGAUGGUGAGCUCUGGUCAGUCGGCAUGGGGUACGAUCUCCUUGAACCUGGCGGCCAAGGGCUGGCCAGCACCGAUUUUCCAUUUCAAUUUUCCAUGUAAUCUACAACAUUUGCCCAGAGCUCAGAAUGUCU